GGUUCAUCAGUGAAUAAGACUACAAUUUGUCAAUAUCUACAUAACGUUAUUUAAAGAUAUGACAACGACCACAAGGGAAAUAAGUAAGACUGCAAAGUUUUUUGCAUUGGGGAUUAUUUUCUUCAUUUGCGGAUACUUCACAACCAAACAUCCCAUGCUAUGGGGAUCAGCUACCCCUUCGCCUCUGAUAGAAAAUCAGCCAUCUUUAAGCAGAAAAUAUUUUGAUCGGGAAACAUCUACGCACCUAUCUGACAUUACCAAUAACCACAAUCAUGUAAAAAACCAGACCUUGAACCAAAUGGAAAAAGAUUUUGUUCACACAUUUUGGAGCCUCCUUAACAAAGAACUUGCGGAACCGGAAAAACACUGGGUACAAAAACUGAUCCCAAAACCAAGAAAAGUAUUGAUCAUUUCCAGUGUGAGAUCCGGCUCCUCCUUCUUUGGCCAGCUUUUGAACCAAUUUCCUGGGACGUAUUAUUUCUUUGAGCCCAUCAAGACAAGGAGAGUCGUAGAUGCCAAUCUAGUGGAGUUCUUGAAAGAUGUAUUGAGUUGCAAUUGCAAAAACAUAGCGUUCUCAAACUCAAACCACCACGUUUUGAGACAUAACAUUCGACUGAUGCCACUUUGCAAUGAAUCAGCACCUCUGGAAGUGAAAAGGAUGUGCUUUAAUUCGGACCUUCUGAGUGAGGUGUGUUCUUUGUUCCCGAUCCGAUUGAUCAAAACAGUUCGCUUUGAGGCUCGGAUGGUAGAGCGCUUAAUGGAAAUGGUUCCAGACCUCACGGUCAUCUCCUUGAUCCGUGAUGUCCGUGGGGGCAUAGUAUCUCGUCAGAAAGUUCCAUGGUGCGAUCCUUCCAAUUGUGCUGAUGUGAAAUCGGUUUGCAAGCGUUACAACCAGGACGUAGAGAGUUCAAUUGAUCUCACUUCCAGGUAUCCGGAACGUUUCAAAAUCGUCAGAUACGAAGACUUAUCUUUAAAUCUUAAUCAAACCGUUCAAUCUGUUGCCGACUUCUUGGGGUUCCCUCUGGACCAACAGAUCAUGACCUUCUUAGCAGACCACACUCAAAGUGACGAGGUGGAAAGACGGAACGUUAGCCUCAAUCCUCAUUCCAUUGUUCGCCAAACUAGUUUGCAUACAUUUCAAUGGCGAUAUUCGAUACAGCCCAAGCAACUGAACCAGACUCAACAUCUAUGUGCCAAAGGCUUGUCUCUUAUGGGAUUUAGAUUGAUGCCAACAAUAGAAGAUCUCCUGAAUCCACAAGUACAUCUCAUGGAUCCAUUCUUUCAAAAUCAAUCAGCAACGAAAGUUUUUUGAAUAAUGACCACGGUAUAGUGUUUGAAUCAUGAUUGAUGUAUAAGCAGCAAUGAGCAAAAUGAGCUGCUUAUUACCAUCAAUAUUGGCUGACACGGUUGAAAUUACAAGCCGAAACAUUUGUGCCGAAAUAAUAGUUGACACUUGAUGUUUUUUCCGCUUAUUUAUGCGAGAACAUUUGAUUGGAAGACGCCAAUUUUUAAUAUCACAUUGGGACAAUUAAAGAUCAAGUAUUGAA